AUGGCGCCCACUAUGAAAGCGUACCGGUUUACCUCCCCCUCUACAGGACUGGAGUAUACGGAGGUCCCGGUCCCGGUUCCCCAGAAGAGCCAGAUUCUCAUCGAGGUCAGGGCGACCGGCCUCUGCCACACUGACCACAACAUAAUUUCUGGCAAGGAUGACACUUUCUUCUGGAAGCGGCCCAUCAUCUUGGGUCACGAAAUUGCCGGCAUAGUCGUCAGCGUUGGCUCGGAUGUUACCAAGUUCAAGGCUGGAGAUCGGGUUGUCUCCAUCAUCGGCACCGAGCACCCCAUCACCUUCAGCGACAUCACCACCAGUGCCGGAAUUGGCUACGACGGUGGAUUCGCGCAGUACACUGCGCUGUUCGAAUCGAAAGCGCUACACGUGCCCAAGGAGGUCACCUUGGCUCAAGCUGCUGUUUCUACCGACGCCAUUGCCACGGCGUAUCAUGCCGUCGUUGUCGAAGCAGAAGUCACCGCGUCCUCGAAAGUUGCCAUCGUCGGGCUGGGAGGUGUGGGCCUCUCAGCUGCUCAGAUUGCAUCCCGACAGGGGGCAACAGUGUACGCAAUUGAGCGGGACACCAGCAAGUAUCUGCCAGGUGCUCAGGCAGGAGUUCUCGCAUCCGCCAAGAGCUUCGACGGCUUUCCCGGAGUACGAUUCGACGCGGUUGUGGACUGCGUGGGCGCGGGUUCCACAACUGCUGCGGCUGCGAAGGCAGUUAAAUCCGGUGGCAAGGUCGUUCUCGUCGGCCUCUCUUCAAAGGAGGUCACACUGAACACUCACGAGUUCGUCGCGCUGGGUGUCUCGCUCAAAGGCUCAGCCGGUUCGUCCAUCCAGGAGGUCGAGAAGUGUCUGCAAAUGAUCGCAGACAAGGAGUUCGAGCCGCUGCUCGAGGAGAUCCCUUUCAGCGGAAUUAAAGAAGGGAUUGACAGACUCGCACAGGGCAAUGUCAUUGGGCGUCUGUAUGCAGACCCGACCAAGCCCUAA